AUGCCGGCGAAUCGUUUGGGAGUGUAUCUGGCCAAUGAUCCAAUGCUGGAAAUCACGAAUAUUCUGGCAGCGGACACGGGACAAGGUGCGUUCCACAAGGUCUCCCUGACGCUCCGACCAAUUUGCGAAAACAAGGUCCAAAAAGCACUUAAAAGUAACGCCUCUUCUCGGCCAUCAAGGUCUGAGAAUCACCAUAAUUUCCUACCAACCUAUAUUUUAACCGUCAUCCCGAUUGCGCAAGGUCGGACUCACGUCUGGUUAUGUUGA